GUGUCUCAGAACACAAUACUUACAAGUUUCAUGACAUUUUCAUGAAUACCUGAUGGUUUCAUGACUUUACUGCCUCAAAGCUGCAUCUUCGUAUUUUUAUGCAAGGACCUUACACUGCCCCUUUAAUUAAAAAAAAAAAAAACAAUGUCUAUAAUGUCACCAGAUAUGUCUGUGUCCAAUCAAAUGAGGGCCCAAAGUGGGUGUGGCCUUUUCUCUUGGGGUGAAGCAUCCUUUUCAGGCUGCCAAGCUGCAUGGGACACAGUGCCACAAAUCGGAGAAUGCUUGUCUGAUGACAGUGACAGUGAGUCUGUGGAUCAGGAUGAGGAUGAAGUUGUAGUUGAAAAUCCAAGCCUACCUCGGUGGAGAACACCCCACAAUGCAUUCUAUGCUCACCCAGAAUGGCAGGGCCGUAAUAUUUUUAAUGAUAUUAUGUCCCCCCUUGAGUAUUUUCAGCAUUUUUUCUCUGAAGACAUUCUUCAGGAUAUAGUAGGGCAGUCAAAUUUGUAUGCCAUACAAUGUGACCCAAACAAGCCCCUUAACCUCAGUACCCAGGAACUGGAGCAGUUCCUGGGUACUGUGGUCUACAUGUCAUUGUUUGGAUUACCAGGCACCCGCAUGUUUUGGAACAAGGCCUGCCGAGUGUCCCAGGUAGCCGAUACAAUGACACUCAAUAGAUGGGAGGCCAUCAAAAAAGCCCUGCACUUCAAUAACAAUGAAGAGAGGCAGGAGGAAAAUGAUCCAAUAUAUAAGCUUCGACCAUUGGUUACUCAUCUAAACUCCAAACUGACGUCCAUCCCAAUGAGCGAGAAUCUGGUUGUUGAUGAGCAGAUGGUUCCAUUCAAGGGAAGAAGCAGGAUCAAGCAAUACCUGCCAUCAAAACCAAAGAAAUGGGGUUAUAAGUUACUCGUCCUGGCUGGCUCCGACGGUGUCCCCCAUAACUUUGAAAUCUAUACAGGAAGAGUUGUGCAACCCCCUGAGCUGGCAGAUAUAGGAGCAAGCGGCAAUGUGGUCCUCCGCCUGGCCCAGCCUAUACCAAAGCACGAGAACUACAAGCUCUUCUUUGAUAACUGGUUCACGAGUGUCCCUCUUGUGCUCACACUGGCACAACAGGGAAUUCACAGCAUUGGUACUGUCCGUUGCAACCGACUACCAGGGGUCAGCUUGAUGAGCGAUGCUGAGCUGAAGAGAACAGGACGUGGAUCCUUUCAGCAGAAGAUGGCCAUGGUUGGAGAAACCACCUUGCAUGUUGUCAAAUGGUAUGAUAACCGCUCAGUCACUAUUCUGAGUGACUACACUGGAGCCCACCCAGUCACAGAGGUUCAGAGGUGGGAUCGCAAGAAGAAGAUGCUCCUCAAAGUCCCCCGCCCUGCUGUGGUGAAGAUUUACAACAAGAAUAUGGGUGGAGUGGAUCUUCUUGACUCCCUUAUUGCACUGUACCGCACAAAAAUUAGAUUAAAAAAAUGGUACCGCCGUCUGGUGUUCCACUUCUUGGAUUUAAUCGUUGUGACCGCCUGGCUGCUUUACUGAAGAGAUUGUGAAGGGAACGGAAUGACGAAGAAGGACCAAAUGAAGCUUUACACCUUCAAAUCCUACAUCGCUGAAGGCCUUCGCAGGAAAGGUCGUCCCAGUUCCACAAUUGCUGGUGAGUACGAGGAGAAGAGGACCUGCUGCUCCCAUUCCAGUCCCUGAUGUGCGCCUUGAUGCCACAGCCCACUGGAUGAUAAUGGUUGAAAAGAAGGGGAGAUGCAAAGUACCAGGGUGCACAGGUACACCAAAAGCCAAGUGCCAGAAAUGUGGUGUCCACCUCUGCUUCACAUCCAGCAAUAACUGCUUCUUGAGGUUCCACACAGAAUAGGACAUGUGUUCACGUGACUGGACUGUGAAUGGGACAGAAUAGGACAUGUGUUCACGUGACUGGACUGUGAAUGGGACAGAAUAGGACAUGUGUUCUUUGUCACUGAUUCAAACCCUAACCCACACAAACUCAAACACACUAAACACAAGCGCGGACACACACACACACACACGUUAAUUGAAUGUUUAAAUGAAUUUACAUGUUUUGUAUGUGGA